AUGCUCAAAGAUUUCCUUAGAGAUGAUUACUAUUCAAGUAAUCCAUGCAAAACCUCGCCUGUGCUACUCAGAAGCAGAUCAAGAAAAGCUGCUGAAACUACAAUUUCUGCUAUCUACAAGGUCAUAAAUGUUGUUAAACUUUUCAAAUUUUCUUCUGUGAAAUCUCCAUUGGUUUUGCCAAGAAGCUUUUCACGUAAAUUAUCAAGAGGCAGCAGAAAUAGAAGCGAAAGUUUUCAGGACGUUUCAGUUACAGUGAAAGUCAAGGACAUUUUAAGGUGGAGGUCUUUCAGGGACUUGGUGGAGGAGAAAUCUCCGCCGGGCACCACCACAACAGCCGCCUUGGCCACAACCAUGGAAUUCCACAAUUUUUCAGAGGAGAAUAUACCAUUUUGGUGCAGUGAAAAUGCUGUGUUCUUGGAUGAAAAUGGGGUUGAAAUAGGUGAAACAUGUUUACCUAAGAAGACUGUCGGCCAGCCCACAAAUGAUAUAUCAGUAACAACAAGGAAUCCUAAGGGGGAAUUAUCAUUUGAGGAAUCUGAGCAGCACAGCCCAUUUUCAGUUCUUGAUUCUCUAUAUCGAGAAGAUGAAGAAUCCAUCUCACCUUUUCAGCAAAAAAUCUUUGCCAACGUUGAAAAUAGACAAUGCCAGCUCAUGCAAAGGAUUCAAGAAUUCGAGAAAGCAGAAGAAAAAUCCAUUUUCGACACUGAAGAGGUAGAUGAGGUAAAUGCAACUGAAGAGAAAGCUAAGCAGUUGCUCGGCCAUGUCAAGGCAAGAGAAUUAGCCAAGAAUUAUGAGGAAAACCCUUAUUUGGAUCAUAUUCUAUUGGAUUUCUUUAGGUUUAAACUGGCUACAAAAGGAAAUUUUGAUGAUUUUGAGGUAGAUUGUGUGAUUUUAAGGCAAGCAAAAUCUUGGAUUAAUGGAGAAUAUAAUGAUUCAUUUGAGUGGGCAAUGCAAUAUGUGAAGGAUAUGGAAAGAGGGCUCAUGUGGAAUAACAAGUUGAAAGAGGAACAAAAGAAGUUAGCAAUGGAUUUGGAGAUAGAGAUUUUGAGAAAUUUGUUUGCUGAGCUUUUGGAUGACUUUCUUACUUGA